AAAAGGUUGGACUCUAAAUUCGCUGAAAAGGAUCAGAUUUUAAGAGUGAAAAAGUUGAAAGUUACCUUUUUCCAACUAACAUUUGGAAUAAUUUAGGCAAACUCCGUCGGAACUCGCUGGAACAACCGCAGCAGUGGAUGUGAUUCAUAAGGGGGUUAAUUUUAUUGAUUGCAUGUUUCUGCAGCGGUGAAUGAAAAUCUCAUAGUUCAUUCACUUUUUGUUGGCUCCUGGUGCACUGGAAAGGAUUGAACUGACGAAAAGCAAGUGACUAACGAAUUGAUUUAAGCAAAAAGCUAGAAACUAUGGAUUUGAGGAACAAAGUAGCAUUGGUCACGGGAGCAGCAACAGGCCUGGGUCGAGCCUUCUGUGAGGAACUUUUGAAACAUGGCGCUAAGGUUUCCAUUUGUGAUCUUGACUCGGAUGCCGGUGAAUUGACAGCCAAGGAAUUGGAACACGAGUUUGGAGCCAACCGAGUCCUGUUUUGCCAUUGUGAUGUGACGGAUUAUAUUCAAUUUGAAGAGGCAUUCCAGUAUACCAAGUCCGUCUUUCAUGACAUCGACAUAGUGAUCAACAAUGCAGAAAUUAUGAACGAUAAAUUUUGGGAGCUCGAGGUGGACGUGAAUUUGAACGGAGCCAUCCGUGGAACAUUACUCGCACAGCAGUUCCUUAGUAAGGAUAAGGGUGGUAAGGGAGGAGUGCUGGUGAAUAUUGGAUCCGCCGUGAGUGUAAAACCCCAACUUUCGACCCCCAUUUACACCGCCACAAAGCACGCGAUCCUCGGAUUAACCAAAUCCUGCGGAGAUCCAUACCACUACAAUAUAACUAACAUCAGAACCAUAGCGUACUGCCCUGGGCCAAUCGAGAACUCGUUUUCCCACAACAAACGGUUCAGCUCACCUGCGCACGAGAAGGCAUGGAAACUGGACAUGUCCGGAGUACAGUUUCAGAAAUUGGAGCACGUGGCACGCGAGCUGAUGCCACUGAUCAAAAACGCUCCCACCGGAUCCAUUUGGUUGGUAAGCAGCGGUAAACAGCCAAAGGAAAUAUCCUACAGCAGUAUUUAAAUUUUCCCUGCAUUGAAGCUAGGAACAACCGAACACAAAGUAUUCUACCAACUAAUCAAAUAAUUUCAUACAUAAAUGAAUUCUUAAUUAGCUAUGGAAUCAUCUCUUAACAGUAACUCGUAACUCAUCAUGACAGUAAGCAUUAUUUACCACUUAACGAUAGGCCGUUAACUUUAAGGCUGCUAACAUGACAAAAAACUAAUAACAUUAAUGUCUCCUAUUCCGUACACAACUCGCUUUGUAUUAACUACAUCAAACCAUCAAUGUAGCGUAUAAGAAAUGACGAAAGAAAAUCAAUUUUGUAUGACACGAUUGGUUUGUAAAAUCAAACACAUAAAACGGCUAUCCAUACUGAAAGCAUACAAAGAACAUAUAUUUAUAACAAAACUAUACUAAAGUAAGUAUUGAAAUCAUCAUUAUCGCUUUUGGUAAGAACAAUUUAGCAAUAAACUGUGAAAGGAAUAAACAUAAAAGUUAA